AUGCUCGCCCGUGCCGCCUUCCGCGCCGCCUCGGCCCCCACCCUCGUCGCCCGCCGUGGCUUCCAGUCGACCCGCGCCCGCCUCUCCAGCCCCUACCACUACCCCGAGGGCCCCCGCAGCAACCUGCCCUUCGACCCGCUGAAGAAGGGCUUUGCCUUCAAGUACUGGGGCUUCAUGGCUACCGGCUUCUCCCUGCCCUUCCUCCUGGCUGUCUGGCAGACAAAGAAGAACAAGCCGUAA